AUGUCACCCGAUCCCAAAUUCACCUCCGAGAUAGACGUAAACAAAUAUGCAGAGCUCACCCUCCUGGGGAGCAUCUCGCGAUCGCACUCGACGCACCGACACGAGCGCUUAUCCGCAUACUUGGACUUUCAAACGCUGAUUGAGUCCAUUCCUUUCGCGCUAGCCCCAAGGAUGUUUUCAGCGUCGUCAACCUCGCCUAUCAAGCGUGGACGAGGCCGACCUCGAAAACAUCCCCUACCAUUGACAAGUAUACCUGCCAAGUAUGAGGUAGUCCCGCCACGAGGGGUGCCUCGACUAGCCUCAUAUAGAGCCAGAGAGUCGCCGGGACGAGUUACACCUCACUCCCAGAACCCAACCUUCACUCCACCCGUGACGAAGCGAGGGCCAGGCCGACCUCCUCAAGCAGCCCAGCCAGCUACAGAUGACGCCAACGAGCUACGAGGCACCAUGCAGUACACGCACCUCAAAGGCCCACAGCUGCGAGCGGAGCUGAAGCGACGCAACCUCGCUACCACCGGUGGCUACGACGCCAUGAUCGAACGACUACUAGAAGACAACGCGGAACGCGGCAGUGAGGCUACGACGCUCAGCACCACGCUGGUCAAAUAUGUACCCAGGCCCUUGAAUCUCGUCACGGCUGGGUACGGACUCCCCGAGGACCCGGCUGUGCUCGUCGGAAGCGAUAUCAUCCACUACGCCCUAAACCCCUUCGGUCUCCCAACCCUAACCCUCUACCUCACCUCCGGCCACUCCGCCACCAUCUCCGGCGCCGCCCUCCGCAACGCCCUCAUCGGCAUCGACCCCCAGCUCCUCAGCACCCUCCGCCGACUCACAGGCUCCGAUGGCCCGGACAACGAGAUCUUCCCCGGCUCGCACCCGCACCACCCCCUCCGCAUCCUGGGCGCCUCCUACGCCGAGCGCAUCAGCACCGCCGCGAAAGAGCUCGUCCACGGCGAGACGGAGCAGUGGCAGACGCAGCGGAAGGCGUCGCUGCGAGGACUAGGCCUCGCGCCGAAAGAGGUAGGGACGGAGAAGAAGCCGGUUUGGGAGGAGAGGCAUGUGGUGCUGGGCCUGCGGCUGCGGGGAAUGCUGGGCUACGGCUACGUGUUCGCGUACGACGCGAGCGGCGAGGAUGAAGCGGGCGAAGAGGGGGCGGUGGAUCAAGAAGGCGGCUGUUGGGGCGAUGUGGAACUCCAUGCUGCGAAGAAGGAGGUGUGGGAGCCUCUUCGCGUUGUUGAAGGCGCGGUGGUCAGGGGCGUGGCGCACGACGUCUCUUACGUCGAGGAGGAGAUGGACACGGAGAUGGCGGAUCUGCAGUGGCAUGGCGCGGAUACGGAGCUCAGCGAGCUCAGCGAUGUCGACGAGGAGGUGCUGAGGGGCGGUACUGUGGAUGUGGAGGCCGGGGUUGUGGAGAGCGUAAGGAAGCGCGCCCGGUAUGACUCUGGGGUUGAGGCGUUGCCUGACGCUGAGGAAGACAGUCCGUGCCCGAGGAACGGGAUUCGGCUUGAUGCUGCAGACCGCAUAGAUGAUGCCGUGCGUCCGUGGGAGAAGCUUGAUGCUGCGCCGCCGGCCAAGCGGAGGCUGAGAGGGUUCGGGUUUCGGAAGACGUGGAUGGGCGGGUUGUGA